AUCAGCGUGAGCCCCUCUGGGGGCGGGCCCAGGGCGGGCCGGAUGAACAAGCCCCGGCGAGCCCGCCGAUCCCGGAGUCGCGCUGUGGCCGGGGACUCCUGGCGGCGCUGCUUUGGGCCGCUCCCAAGGAGCCUCGCCUGAGCGCGCAGCCAUGCAUGAGUGCGUCUCCAUUCACGUGGGCCAGGCUGGGGUGCAGAUGGGCAAUGCCUGCUGGGAGCUCUACUGCCUGGAGCACCACAUCCAGCCUGAUGGCACCAUACUCAGCAACAAGACCCUGGGGAACAAAGAUGAGUCCUUCAACACCUUUUUCACGGAGACAGAUUCUGGCAAGCACGUGCCCCGGGUUGUCUUUGUGGACCUGGAGCCUGCAGUCAUAGAUGGGGUAAGAACUGGUGCUUAUAGGAAGCUCUUCCACCCUGACCAGCUGAUAUCUGGCAAGGAGGACGCUGCCAACAACUAUGCCUGUGGCCAUUACACCGUGGGGAAGGAGAUCAUCGAUGUGGUGAUGGACCAAAUCCGAAAAGUGACGGACCACUGCAGUGAUCUCCAGGGCUUCCUGAUCUUCAAUAGCUUUGGGGGUGGCACAGGGUCAGGCUUUACCUCCCUGCUGAUGGAGCGGCUUUCUGUAGAAUACAGCAAGAAGUCCAAGUUGGAAUUUGUCAUCUACCCAUCGCCCCGAGUGUCCACAGCGGUCGUAGAACCCUAUAACUCGAUCCUGACUACUGACUCCACCCUAGAACACUCAGACUGUGUCUUCAUGAUGGACAAUGAGGCCACCUUUGAUAUCUGCAAUCGCCACCUGGAUAUUGAGCGCCCUACCUACAGCAACCUUAACCGACUCAUUGGCCAGGUUGUGUCCUCCAUCACCGCCUCCCUGCGUUUUAAUGGUGCCCUCAAUGUGGACCUUGCAGACUUCCAGACCAACCUGGUGCCCUAUCCCCGCAUCCACUUUCCCCUGGUGACCUACUCACCCAUUAUCUCAGCUGAGAAGGCCUACCAUGAGCAGCUCUCUGUGCCACAGAUCACCAGUGCCUGCUUUGAGCCCUACAAUCAGAUGGUCAAGUGUGACCCUCGCCAUGGCAAGUACAUGGCCUGCUGCAUGCUCUAUCGUGGAGAUGUGGUUGCCAAGGAUGUGAAUGCUGCUAUCGCCACCAUCAAGGCCAAGCAUACCAUCCAGUUUGUGGACUGGUGUCCCACAGGUUUCAAGGUUGGCAUCAAUUACCAGCCCCCCACCGUGGUGCCUGGGGGCGACCUAGCCCCGGUGCAGCGGGCAGUCUGCAUGCUAAGCAACACCACCGCCAUUGUUGAGGCCUGGUCCUGCCUCAACCACAAGUUUGACCUGAUGUUUGCCAAGCGGGCGUUUGUGCACUGGUACGUGGGCGAGGGCAUGGAGGAAGCAGACUUCUCCGAGGCCCGAGAAAACCUGGCUGCUCUGGAAAGAGAUUAUGAAGAUGUGGCCAUGGACUUUGUGGAGGAGGAAGAUGGGAACCAGGACUACUAAGUGGUCUCGCCCCCCCCCCCAUAGUGCCUGACCUCUCACUCCCCAGUUGUACGUCUGCUUCCUUGUGUCCACGACCUUCUGCAAAUAUACCUAGCAAAUACACAUGUGUCACAAA